CGCAGGCGUGACGUCGCGGCGCGGCUAGGCGCGGCGACAGGCCAGAAGCCGGCGACAGUCAUCGGGGCCCGUGCGGCGGCACUGUAGCCAUGUUCGGGUCCAGCCGCGGCGGGGUGCGCGGCGGGCAGGACCAGUUCAACUGGGAGGACGUGAAGACCGACAAGCAGCGGGAGAACUACCUGGGCAACUCGCUGAUGGCGCCGGUGGGCCGCUGGCAGAAGGGCCGCGACCUCACCUGGUACGCCAAGGGCCGGGAGCCGCGCGCAGGACCCAGCCGCGAGGAGGAGCUGGCGGCCGUGCGGGAGGCGGAGCGCGAGGCGCUGCUGGCCGCGCUAGGCUACAAGAACGUGAAGAAGCAGCCCACCGGCCUGAGCAAAGAGGACUUCGUGGAGAUCUGCAAGCGGGAAGCCGGCGACCCGGAGGAGAAGGGCGUGGAUCGGCUGCUGGGGCUGGGCAGCGCCAGUGGCUCCGCGGGCCGAGUGGCGCUGUCCCGGGAGGACAAAGAGGCUGCCAAGCUGGGGCUGUCGGUGUUCACGCACCACCGCGUGGAGAAUGGCGGGCGGGGGACCUCGCCGGCCUCAGCCAGGAGGAAACCGCGCGCCGAGGACAAGGCGGAGCCUGACUCUGAGAGCCACAGGAAAAGCAAGAAAGAGAAGAAGAGAAAGAAAAAGAAGAAACACAAGAAACAAAAGAAGAAAGACAAGGAGCACAGGAGAGGGGCCACUUCCUCUUCCUCGUCCCCAUCCCCUGCUCGGCCUGAACCCCGCCAGCGUGACUGCAACUCCCCCUGCUGCAAGAAGAGGCGGUGUGACAGCAGGGACAGUGGGAGGAGCCCUUCCCGCCAGCGGCACGCCAGAGACUCUGAUGCCUGAGACCCUGCCUUGGAGGCCUGUGCAGGUCCCGGGGGCACCCCCCUCAGGGUGCCCUUCCUGUCCAGGUCGAGGCAGAGGGACCCUAGCCUUGCCUGCUGGGCUUCAGGAGCAGGGGUCCUGUUUUGUGAACUUCCUCCAGGUCCCAGUGAAGGGAGACUGCGAGCCCAGGGUGUCCCUGUGGCCCUGCCUCAGCCCCCGGCCCUCCCAGCACAGGGGAGCCUGUAUUCCAGGACAGGUCUCUUCUCUGUCCUGUCUCCCUCUGCAGCCUCCCCAGGCCGGCCCUCCCGAGGCUGUAGCUAUGGCUGAGUGUGGCUACUUCUAUUUUUCUUUACAUCAGUUUUGUACUUCAGUUUAUAUUAAAAGCAGAGUGUAUCAUCACAGAAUGGAAGGUGGCCCCAGCACCUGUCCUUCCUGUCCAGGGCCCUGGUGACCGCUAACACCCUAAGGGAGCCCCUCGUGCUCCCACGUGGCCAGGGUAGAACCUUGGGAGGACCCCCCCAGAGGGACGACAGUGUCGGGGCAGCUUGGGAGUGGGGGGCCUGCAGGGAGCCAAAGGCCCCCAGGGCCCACCUGCCUGCCUGCUCACCUGUGGAGGUGCUGUUGGGCAGGACUGCUUCUGGGGACAUGAAGGUGCUGGCACUUGUAGGUGUGGACAGACAGCCCAGCCUGUGCUCCCGUGUGUGUGCUUGUGCACACAGGAAACCUUUCCUGUGAGGAUGGGGUUAAGAUCCAGACCACACCCCUAACCCUCUGCAGGUCCUCACCCUGCAGGUGGCCAGCCAGAGCUGAGACUGUGCUCAGGUGAAGGCAGGCAGGGACACCUGGCCAGGGCGGUGGCCCACAGAGGGCAAGGUAUCAGAGGAGCUGAGGGAGGCUCCAUGCUGUUUUCUGCCUGGGGGUGGGGGCUGCAGGCAGGAACAGCUGGCAGCCUCUGUCCCAGGUGGUGGGGUUAAACGCAGGACAGACCUGACCUGAGCUAGGCUGGGCUGCAGAGCACCACGUGAAGCCUACAUACAGCACCAUUUCCUGGGUCACUCGGCCCCUCCCCAGGGGACAGACUGGUGGUUGAGGCACUGAAACACUGGAGAGCCAGGGAAUAGUUAAGAGAUUUUAUUUCUAAUAGCUAUAAUUACAGUGCUUGUCGAAAUGAAAACUGAAAACAAGUAUACAAAACAGUUGAUCACUAAUCGUGUAUUGAAAGCAGUAAGAGGUUCCACGACACCAAAUAAAACAGUUCUGAGGUUUUCCCCAAGAUAAAUUUAACAGCUCCAGCUUCUUCAGUGUUUAUCAAAAUACAAAAGAAAAAAAGUAGAGGUCUUUUUCGAUGGCAAAUCGGACCCUUGCAGGCUGAGGGAGAGAAAGCUACUUCACACAUGGAGGUGGGGGUGCUUCCGGGGGCUGUGGCUGUAGAACGGGCCAACCCUCUCAGCUUGCACGCGCUCCUGCUGGUGAGACCCCACACAUCCCGCCAACGUGUCUGAGCAAGUGCGUGAGCGAGUGGGUGCCAGGAACGACAGGCUCCUACUCUGGCCGCGUGCUUCACCAAGGGGGGCCUGAGGGAAAAGUUAGAUGCCCUGGCCUCCCAGCCCCCUCCCCCAGGUGACCAUGUGAGCAGGAGCACAAGCACAACGCUAUGGAAUGCAGGGUGACCCAGAGACAGCCAUGCAGAGUGCAUCAUGGGGUGGUUUUGUCCCCAAAGGGGAGCAGACGAUCCAAUGGACCAGCACUCGGGCUGUUACUGCAAACCCCACACUAGGCAGUCUCCCUGCUGUGUGUUCAAGUGUUCUCAUCUUGUAUUUUAAACUGUUUUUAAAAAUGCACUGAGUUCGGAUUAAAACCAACCACUAAAUGGAUCUCAGCAGAUCUAACACCCAGAGGUACAUCUAGCUCUUAACACAGCCACGGACUCCUGGAGGGCAGGUGUCAAUGUGCCCAAAUCCCUUCUCAGUACUAAACAGUGAGUUGAUUUUUUUUUUACAAUUAAAAAAAAAAAAAAAAAAAAA